AUGUUUCGCAUCUACAACAUUUACGCGCUUGCCGCCUUUGGCACCAUUGGCGGUAUGCUCUUCGGCUUCGAUAUUAGUUCCAUGAGCGCUUGGAUCGGUGCCGAUUCCUACAAGGAGUAUUUCAACCAUCCAAGCUCGACCCUGCAGGGCGGCAUCACCGCCGCCAUGUCCGGCGGUUCCCUGGUUGGCGCUCUUAUAGCGGGUUUCCUUGCCGAUUGGUGGGGCCGACGCGGCGCCUUGAAGCUCGCCUCCGCCAUCUGGAUCCUCGGUGCCAUCCUCCAGUGCUCUUCUCAGAACGUCCCCCAUCUCAUCGUCGGCCGUGUCGUCAGUGGUUUUGCCAUCGGUAUCACGAGUUCUCAAUGUUGCGUCUACCUCGCAGAGCUCGCCCCCUCCCGCAUUCGUGGACGCAUCGUCGGCAUCCAACAGUGGUCCAUCGAAUGGGGUAUCCUCAUCAUGUACCUCAUCUCAUAUGGAUGUGCCGUCACCAUUGAUGGUCCUAGUGCGUUCCGUAUCGCAUGGGGUGUCCAGGGUAUUCCCGGUCUCAUCCUUGGCGCUGCUCUUUUCUUCUUCCCCGAGUCCCCUCGUUGGUUGGGCCAGAAGGAUCGCUGGGAAGAGUGCCACGAGGUUCUGGCUCAUCUGCACGCCGGCGGUGACCACGAUGCCCCCGUUGUUCUCGCUGAACUUGACGAAGUCAAGGAGGCUUCCCGUAUUGCUGCCGAGUCCAAGAAUAUUGGUGUUCUCGGUCUCUUCGGUCCCCGCGUCUGGAAACGUACAUUAGCAGGCUGCAGCGUUCAGGUAUGGCAACAGCUCCUAGGAGGCAAUAUUAUUCUUUAUUACCUCAUCUAUAUCUUCAAUAUGGCUGGCAUCACUGGCAAUGUUGCCCUGACAUCGUCCAUCAUUCAAUAUGUCAUCUUCCUCGUUACGACCGGAGCCAUCCUGCCCAUCAUUGACCGACUCGGCCGCCGUCCUCUUCUCAUCGGCGGUGCCAUCAUCUGUUGUGUCAUUCAUUUUACCACCGGUGCCGUAAUGAAGGUGCAUGGCAAUCCCGUCGACAGUGUAGACGGUGACGAUAACCUUAGGUGGGCCAUCUCCGGCCCUCCCGCCAAAGGUGUCAUCGCCCUUUGUUACAUCUUCGUCGGUGUCUACGGCCUUACCUGGGCCCCGAUCGGCUGGAUCUACGCCUCAGAAGUCUUCCCUCUUAAAUACCGCGCCACUGGUGUUGGUUUUGCUGCCGCCUGCAACUGGGCCUUUAAUCUCGCCCUCGCCUUCUUCGUCCCGCCCGCCUUCACCAACAUCCAGUGGAAGACGUACAUGAUCUUCGGCACCUUCUGCGCUGUCAUGACCGUACACAUCUUCUUAACAUACCCCGAGACAUCCGGCAAAACCCUCGAGGAAAUUGAUGAGCUCUUUGACGCCAAUGUCCCCGCCUGGCGCACUAAGAGCGCUGGUGUGCGCUUCGAGGACCGCGUUGCUGAUGCCGAGGGGAAGAAGUCGGAUUUCGACGCAUCUCACACAGAGAGGGUUGAAGUUUAG